UCUCGAAAUGGGAGUGCCAAUGUGCUUUGCGCCUCCGGUCACCUCUUUGGUUAGAUUUCACUUCCUGUAUGUAACAGGUACCCGAAGAGAGAGAGAGUGACACACCUGUGAAUUGUAAAGAUAUUCGGUUGUUUCUUUAUAAUCGACGACAGAUACAGAAUUUACAGGUCAUCUGUUGGAUUAUCCUAUAUUUGUAGGAAAUAGUUUUCUUGGACUGUUUUGUAGAAUGACUACUCUCCCAAUUGGAUUGUUAUUGGGCGCUUUGGUGUGCUUUAUCGUUUUCCUGGUACGCGCUGAGGCCCAGCCAUUCGGGGAACAGUGUUUGGACAGUUUCGAAAAGGGCAGAGAAGAUUUCGUUCUCGACACGGAUGACUCGGUGAAAUACGGUGCGACUUUCAUCAUUAAACCGAAGGUUGAGAGCACCAAUGACUGUAUACGCUCGUGCUGCAAAGAUCCCAAGUGUAAUGUCGCUUUCAUGGAGAAUGGCUCCGGUGAGGGCAUGAUCAAGUCAUGCUUUCUCUUUGACUGUCUAUACAAGCAGCAGUACGUCUGCCGGUUUGUCAGGAAGAAGGGAUUCCUGAACUACAUCAGAGACGUGGUGUAUGAAAGUGAUCUGGCCACAAAAAACCUCCCAGGUGAAGUGGACAAUCCUCCAGAGGCCAAUGGAGGUCCGGACAGAGUGGUGCAGCCCCAGGAAAGUUUAACUCUGAAUGGCAACGAGAGCAAGGACGACCACGAUAUUGUCACGUACCAGUGGCACCUAGUGUCAGGGAACACCUCCGCUGUCAUUGAGAAAACUACAUUUAAAGACCAGGUGAUCGUGUCCAACCUGGCGUCUGGAGUGUACAAGUUCCAACUGACCGUCACAGACUCCAGUGGGCAGUCCGACCAAACCCAGAUCACUGUCCUUGUGCUUACCCCUGAGCAGUCUGAGAAUCACUGCAUGGUCCCCAAGAAGGUGGGUCCCUGUCGCGGAUCCUUCCCCCGCUGGCAUUACAAUGCUGCCUCAGAGAGGUGUGAGGAGUUCCUGUUUGGGGGCUGCAGAGAGAACCUUAACAACUACCUCUCCCUCCAGGAGUGUGCCAACGCCUGUGAUGGUGUGUCAGUUAUUCACAGAGGUAGAACUGGACCACUUCCAGCCCCUAGAGAGGUGUGUGGAGUACCCUGUGGGUCAGGCCAGUUCUCCUGCACCAACGGCUGCUGCCUUGACAGAGGCCUGGAGUGUGACAAGGAGCAGCAGUGCAGCGACGGCUCAGAUGAGGAGAACUGUGAGGACUUGAAUAAGAACUUCCAGAUUCUACUGCAAAUUCCUGUGGAUGAACAGAAAGUUCGCUGCACGGAGCACCCCAAAACAGGAAACUGUCGGGAGAGUUUUACCAAGUGGUACUACAACCCUGUCUACCAGAAGUGCUUCCGUUUCAACUAUGGCGGCUGCUACGGGAAUGAGAACAGAUUUGACACUGAGGAUGCUUGUAUGAGUACCUGUAAACUGGUAACAGAAAAGGACAUCUUUGAAAUAACGAACCGAUAUGAAUACCAGGACACUGACGGCCAUGUAGGAAUCAUAGUGAUAGCUGCACUGCUUGGCCUGGCCAUCAUAAUACUGCUGGUAGUUCUGUGUUACUGCUUCAUGAAGGGCAAGAAGGAGCAGACUCAGCGCCAGCGGGUACCCGUCAACGGCUCCCAGGUCUACACCAGGGAGGACACGGAGCGCCUGGUCUACAACACCACCACCAAGCCCAUCUGACCCCUAACCUCUGCCCCCGGAAUCUGCCUAGGUGCAAGCUAUCAUCAUUGCAUGAAUUCAGAUCAAUAUUUGAUUUUAUGUGAACCUUUUAUGUGAAACCCUUUUUGUGUACCAGUAUGUUUUAUUUUCCCCAAAUAUAGUCCUGUUUGUUUGAUAAGACCUUUACCUUGUUGUUGUAAUAUAAGCCUAAGAAUUUUUAUUAGAGUUUGACUUAACUCAGGAAAACAAAAGUGGCAGCAAUUAUUCAAAACUACACUUGCCUUUUUGUCUUCCUUGCAGUAACCUGUCAGAAUUUAGAUUGUUGGUCAGCAAUCCUGCACUCCGGGUAUAACGGUCCUACAAUUAAAUCCACAAAUCUGACUUCAUGUAAACUGUUGGAAUAGUGUUGGAGAUGAAAACAUUCCAAUAUUGCUAACUAACUAUUGAUUUGUUAUUCUUCUUAUUGUGUUUUAUCAUAUUUCAGGCAUUUAAAAAAGAUAUGUGUUGCUGGAAAUAUAUUGUACAUUAUUGACACCCUUUGUCUUAACUGGUAGAAGUUAGAGCAAGUUAUUUUACUUUUAUAGUUUAUUUUGUGAUUAUUAAAACUGAUAUUUCAGAAGGAAACGGAAGAGGGGAAAACAGUGAGUUUGUGCCUCAUCAUGGUGGUCACAUGUUAUAGGAAAAUAUACUCUUUAUAUAUUCAACUUGUUUCAUUAACACUUUUGUAUGUAGUUCUCUCUUUUACCAUUAGUGCUCAAAUCCCAAAUAAAAUGCUGUUCCCAGAAUCAAA